AUGAAUCCAAAAACCAUCUGCGAUUUAUCUCUUAUGAGUUGGAACAUAUUAGCUCCUUGUUGGGUUGAUAAAGAAUGGUAUCCAUCUGUAUAUGAUUUAGCAGCCGAUCAUGAAACAAGAAUCAAAACAAUUGCAUCAACUAUUUCUGUACAUAAUUGGGAUGUCAUUAUGAUUCAAGAAGCUCAAGAAGAUAUGAUUCCUUUAUUUCAAGAAGAAUUAGGUAAUGAUUACUUAGCUGACUUUGCACAAAAUAAUCCAACUUCAUGUUCAAUGGCUAAUGGGCUUCUUACAUUGAUUCAUAAAGAUUGGAAAUAUGCUAAAGAAGCUCAGAUUAUCAAUGGAAUUCUUGAUCGUAUACAAGGUGAUGCGAUUCAAAUCGUUCACAUACCUUCAAAAAAUAUCCAUUUAGUUAAUCUUCAUCUAGAUUAUAUUUCUCCAUUACCACAAGCAAAAAUCGUCAAAAAAAGAUGCCAAGAAUUAUUAGGUACCUCAAGUUCUAUGUCAAUUAUGGCUGGAGAUAUGAAUGCAAGUAAAAAUGUCUAUGAACAAUUUGAAUGGGUUGAAUUUAGGAAUGUUUUCAAUGAAUCUAACAUAGAUACGAUCAUUCCAUCAUACUAUACUGAUCGACAUGAUGAAGAAAUAAAUGAAUCUAUUGAUCAUAUUUUUUAUGAUCCAAAUCAAGUGACGUUAAUUGAACAUGGUAAGGCAUGGAAUGAUCAAGAUCGAUCACUUGAAGAUGCUCUGAAAUUUUUUGGAAGUGAUCACAUUUAUGUCUGGGCCGGUUUCAAUUUUCAUUCAAAACAAAAAUAA